UGGAAGUGACGACAUGAACCUUGUUGUUCGGUGAAGUUUCCGCAAGUUGGGCCCCCGGGUGGCGUGUUGAACAAAGCCCGGGCCAGGAGCCGUACCCUACCGAGAGGCGGACAGCACAAACCCCCGGCGACCACCCGAGGCUUUCCGCUCGGAGGCCCGAAGGCACGGGCGGCGCAUGCGUGCUGCGGAGAUAGAGCGGUUUCGCGCUCGGUUGACACUGUGGGUAGAGAGGCGGCCAUUGCCCAGUCCGCGGGCCGGCUGGUGGCCCUGCCGGAUUCCAGUGAGGUAACGAUUACCUCUGGAAGAGAGAUUCUCAGUCCCGGCCCGAAACGUGGGAGGAACCGAUGGAAAUAUUGUUGAGGGAUAUUGAAGGUGGAGGAAUUGCAGAUGGGAAUCUCGGGUGCAAUAUCACGUCGGAUCGGCAGUCUCACUCAGUUCACCAGAACCUGAAAACCAGCCGCCGGAAAACAUCCCCGCACUUUCCGAUCUCUCCACCAGGUAAUGUCCAGGUUGUGGCUGCCAGUGAGAUGCCAAGUAUCCCAUCAGCCUCUGGGUGGACCCCCUGCUGACUCGAGAUGAUUCACUAUCCUGGAGGAGAGGACGAGAGAUGAGGACCUUUUGAAAACUUGAGGAAGGGACAGUCUGAUCAAGUGUAAAUGCACAAGCUAACUAAGGAACAGAUCAUUGAGACGUUGCUUGGGUCUGUACGUGGAGAUGUAUAAAAGGAGUUUUACAAGAUUACCGGCAGCAGUGGCUCCAGAGGACAGAGCUGAAGAAGACGAUGCUGAGCCGGGGACUCGGGGAAAAGAAUUCACCAAGAUUGAAUGCCGGCCAGGUUCAUCGGGAGCAGGUGCCAGACACCGGACGUGACGUCACACACCGCUCGUUUGCUCCCCGAAGGAGGACGUUUCCGCAAGUUGAGCGCCAGUUUAAUUCGCACCGAGGCCGCGACCGAGGAGCAGACCCGAUCGGGGGAGAGUCGGAUAUUGAAGGUGGAGGAAUUGCAGAUGGGAAUUUCGGGUGCAAUAUCACGUCGGAUCGGCAGUCUCACUCAGUUCACCAGAACCUGAAAACCAGCCGCCGGUAAAUAUGGAAGAAGAUCUGCCUGUGCGUUUCACUUCCGAGCUCAGGGUGUCCGAUCGCAGGCAGUGAGACGCUCGCUGUUGCAGGGCACCGACUGGGACACAGCUGCAGAGACGCCACCCUGAUUAACCUGGGCAAAGAGAAAACUCGCUUAUUCAUGGAUUUUUCAUGAACCUGUUUGCAAAGAAAGCGCAUGAUUUUUCUGUAAGUCUCUGAAGGGGGCAGCGGGUCAUCUAGUGCUGAUUGCAAAUAGAGUGUCCGGUACGACCGGAGACCGUGUGUGACACACUUGGUGGGGCUUCAGCUGAUCUGUGAACGGGGAUGUGUUAGCCAGUGAAACUAUUUCAUUGCUCGGACUGCAUAUUAUGAUGUGAUCCAUUGCCCCGGAAAGAUCGGAGGCUUACGCCUGCUUUUUUUUUCCCCAGCGUUCUGUCAUCAUUUUCACUGAGUUCCUGGGGAAACAUUGUCGCCCUGUUCAAGACGCAUGGAGGGAUUCGCGCAUUCCUCCUUCCUGAUCAGGCACCGGCGGGUUCGCUCUGGGGAGAGGCUGUUCUCCUGCUUUGAGUGCGGGAAAGGAUUCACUCAAUCAUCUCACUUACUGUUGCACCAGAUAGUUCACACUAGGGAGAGGCCGUUCAUCUGCUCUGUCUGCGGGAGGGGAUUCACCCAGUCGUCCAACCUGCUGACGCAUCAGCGAAUACACACCGGGGAGAGGCCCUUCGGCUGCUCCGAGUGCGGGAAGCAGUUCAGUCGGUCGUCCAGUCUGCAGUCACACCAGCGAGUUCACACCGGUGAGAGACCGUUCACCUGCUCUGAGUGCGGGAAGGGAUUCACUCGGUCAUCAAACCUGCUGACGCACCAGCAGAUUCACACCGGGGAGCGGCCGUUCACCUGCUCCGAGUGUGGGAAGGGAUUUACACAAUCUUCCAAACUGCUGAGUCACCAGCGAGUUCACACCGGGGAGAGGCCGUUCACCUGCUCAGAGUGUGGGAAGGGAUUCACUCAAUCGUCUGACCUUCUGUCACACCAACGAAUUCACACUGGGGAGAGACCCUACACCUGCUCUGAGUGUGGGAAGGGAUUCUGUCGAUCUUCUGACCUCCUGACGCACCAACGGAUUCACACCGGGGAGCGGCCGUACACCUGCGCCAAGUGCGGGAAGAAAUUCACUCAGUCAUCUCACCUCUGGAGACACCAACGAGCUCACACUGAAGGGAAAGUUUAAACGUUCGAUAUGUAUGUGGGACAUUUAAACAUGGCAGCUACUGAGCCAGCAGUGCGUUCACAAGUGACUGCAGGAACUGAUUCUGCAGUUAUUGCUGCUGUUGAUCACAUCCAGGUUUGGACCCUGGUCACUGGACACAUUUGGGUUGUUUCCCCUGGAACUGCAGGUACAUUUGUAUUCUGCAUCGAUUAUAAAUAAAUCUGUUCGGUGUGAAUGAACUGGGCUUGAGGAGGAUGUAGAGAGACUUUGAGGGGAUGCGGACAGGCUGAGGGACGGGGAAGAGCACGGCAGGUGGAGUCAAAUGUAGGGAAAUGGGAGGUCAUCAGCCUCGACAGGAAGCUCCCGAUGUUAAAGGGAUUGUCAGGUGGGAGCUGUGAGCUGUCAGCUCUGACCUUGUUGGCUGGUGGCACAGGUGGGUUGGCUGAGAGCUGCCCGUUGCGGGUUCAGCAGCGUCCAUGUGGGCAGAAGAUGUGAGGCAGGACUGGGAUAGUCUUUACCUCAGUGUCAGUGUGCUACACUCGCCAAUGCAUACCCUCGGGUCUCCUUCCGAGCUUCUUCAUUUCACUUUGAUUCCAUGCCUUCUUGUUUUCGAUUCCUCUAUCUCGGGAUAAAGAUUCAGACCGCUGACAAUGAGCAAGCCUCUUAUAUCACUCCUCCGUCACGUCACACUUCAGCACCGUUUUGCUCCAGAUAUCCCAGUCUAUCCAUCUCUCCUCGGAAAUGAAUAUUUCUAGCCCAGGCAACAUCCUGGUGAAUCUCCUCUGCACACUCUCCAGCUUAAUCACGUUCUUACCAUAGUCUAGCAAUCCAGAAUUGCACAGAAUAUAGCGAGUGCAGACUUCGCAGUGUUUUGUGAAGUUACAAUGUAAUGUCCCAACUCUUCUCCUAAAUGCCCCGACCUAGGAAAGCAAAGUGUGGAAACUGUGGACUUGAAUUGUUCUCUGUCCAUCUGUGUUCCUUAGCACCCUACCAUUUACUGUCCACAUUCUGUCCCUCGUUGCCUGCACUAAUCAGCACUAAAUUCCCUCUGCCUGUACUCCACACAACUUGUCAGCAGUCUUUGCCCUGCCUAAGAGAAACUUCACUAUCCACACCACCACCAAUUUUUGUGUCAUCCUCAAACUUGCUUACUUGCCAACUCCAUCAGAAUCUCACCACUAAGUACACCGUUCCCUAUCCCACUUUCUGCAGGAUCACUCCCUUGUCCACUCGUCCCCUCCCCACUGAUAUCCCUCCUGGCACUUACCUCUGCAGGUGGGACAUUCUACACCUGCCAGUCAGGGCUCCAAACUGUCCUUCCUUCACCUGUGAGCCUGUUGGGGUCAUCUACUGUACCUGGUGCUCCAAGUGUGGCCUCCUGUAUGUCGGUGAGACCCGACACAGAUUGGGAGGCCGCUUCGCUGAGCGCCUCACUCUGUCUGCCAGAAAAAGCAAGAUCUCCCUCGAUCUUAAUUCCACUUCCCAUUGGCAUUCCGAUCCAUGGGCACCUUCACUGUGACGAUGAGGCCACACUCAGGUUGGAGGAGCAACACCUUGUAUUCUGUCUGGGUAGCCUCCAACCUGAUGGCAUGAACAUUGACUUCUAGAGCUUCUGGUAAUUGACCCUUUUCCUUCAGCAUUUCCCUUCUCUCACCUUUAUCUCCUUACCUGCCCAUCACCUCCCUCUGGUGCUCCUUCCCCCUCCCCUUUCUUCCAAGGUCUUCUGUCCUGUGAGAUUCUUCCGUCUCCAGCCCUUUAUCUCUUUCAUGAAUCAACCUCCCAGCUCUUUACUUCACCCCCCUCUUCCUCUCCCAGUUUCACCUAUACCACGUUGUACUUCUUUCUCCCCUCUCCCCCCAGCUUCUUACCCUGACUUAAUCUUUUUUUGCCAGUCCUGAUGAAGGGCCUCAGGCCAUAACGUCGACUGUUUAAGCUUUUCCGUAGAUGCUGCCUGUCCUGCUGAGUUCCUCUCGCACUUGCUAUUUGUUGCUCAGAAAGUGCCUGGGCCAUUGGAGCCUUGAGGCAGCGACACUACCAGCUGUGGCUCUGCUGUGUCACAACGGUCAUGGGGGAGUUUCAGUAUGCAGGUAGAUUGGGAAAAUCAGGCUGCUGUCACUUUGCUUGUGGUUGAGUCCGCUAGGAAAAGCCAGUUUAAAAAAUUAGGGUUUUGUAAUGAGUCAGAUUUGAUUAGGGAGCUUAAGGCAAAGGAACCCCUAGGAGACGGUGAUCGUAAUAUGACAGAAUGCACCCUGCGGUUUGAGAGGGAGAAGAUAAAGUAUGUAUCAGUAUUAUAGUGGAGUAAAGGGAAUUACAGAGGUGAAAGAAGAGCUGGAAGGGGACUCUAGCAGGGAUGACAGCAGAACAGCAACAGCUGGUGGUUCUGGGAACAAUUUGGAAAGUGCACCAUAGAUAUAUUUCCCAGUGAGGAAGUAUUCUAAAGGGUGGAUGAGGUAACCAAGGCUGACAAGGAAAUCAAAGACAGUAUGAGAGCUAAUAAUAGAGCAAACAUUAGCGGGAAGACAAAAGAUUGAGCAGCGUUUAAAAACCAACAAGACAAAAUUUUUAAAAAAGCAAUGAGAGAAAAGAUGAAGGUAAGCUAGCCAAUAAGAAGAGAGGGUACCAAAAGUGUUUUCAGAUAUAAGGGAGAGUAAAAGACAGUGGUGAGAGUGGUAUAUCGGACUGCUGGAAAAUGACACUAGAGAGGUAGUAAUGCGGGACAGAGAAAUGGCAAAGAAGCUUAAAAAGUAUUUUGCAUCAGUCUUCACAGUGGAAGACACUAGCAGUGUGCCAGAAAUUCCAGAGAGUCAGGAGGCAGCAGUGAGUAUAAUUGCUAUUAUGAAGGAGAAGGCACUUAGGAAGCUGAAAGAUCUAAAGCUGGAUAAUUCACCUGGACCAGAUGGAGAUACUGAAGAGAUUGUGAAGACAGUAUCUUGCAAGAAUCUGGAAUGUUUCUGGACAUCCCACUCUUUAGGAAGUGAUGGUGGCAGAAGACAAAUUAUGAGCCAGUUAGGAAAACUUCAGUGGCUGUGAAGACGUGGAGUCAUUUGUUAGGGAUGAGGUCUCGGGACACUUGGAGGCACAUGACAGGCCAAAAUCAGCAUGGUUUCUUUGAGGAAAUAAUAAGCAGGAUUAUCAAAAGGAAUUGGAGACUGCUGUGUACUUGGCCGAAUAAGAUAGGAGCCCAUGGCUUGACAGGAAAUAUACUAGUAUGGGUACAAGGUUGGCUGACUGGCAGGAGCCAGUGGGUGUAAAGGGAGCCUAUUCUGGUUGGCUGCUGGCGACUAGUGGUGUUCUGCAGGGGUUGGUGAUGGGAGUCCUUGAAGUUAACUUGCAGGUUGAGUUGGUGGGUAAGGAAGGUAUAUGCCAUGUUAACAUUUAUUUCAAGAGGACUAGAAUAUAAAAGCAAGGAUGUAAUAAUGAGGCUUUAUAAGGCAUUGGUCAGACUGCAUUGAGAGAAUUAUGAACAAGAGGAAAUCUGUAGAUGCUGGAAAUUCGAGCAACACACACAAAAUGCUGGAGGAACUCAGCAGGUCAGGCAGCAUCUGUGGGGGGGAGAAAGUACAUUUGAUGUUGUGGGCCGAAACACCGACUGUACUUUUUUGCAUAGACGCUGGCUAGCCUGAUGAUUUCCUCCAGCAUUUCGUGUGUGUUGCGGGGAGAAUUAUGAGCAGUUUUGGGCCCGUUAUCUUGGAGAGCAUGUGCUGGCAAUGGAGAGUCACAAGAAUCAUCCUUGGCCUGAUAGGGUUAAUGUACUAGGUGCAUUUGGUGACUCUGGAGUUUAGAAGAAUGAGGCUGGAUUUCAGUAAAACCUAUGAAUAUUGAAAGAGCUAGUUAGAGUGGAUGUGGAGAGGAUGUUUCCUACGGUGGGGGAGUCUAGGACCAGAGGACACAGAUAGAGUGGAUGUGGAGAGGAUGUUUCCUAUAGUGGGGGAGUCUGGGACCAGAGGGCACAGAUAGAGUGGAUGUGGAGAGGAUGUUUCCUGCGGUGGGAGAGUCUAGGACCAGAGGACACAGAUAGAGUGGAUGUGGAGAGGAUGUUUCCUAUAGUGGAGGAGUCUAGGAUCAGAGGGCAGAGCCUCAGAAUAGAUGGACGUUGCUCUGGAAUGAAGAUGAGGAGGAAUUACUUUAGGCAGAGGGUGCUGAAUCCAUGGAGGCCAUUGCUUCAUUCUGAGACCAAGUCACUGGGUGAUUUAUGCACCCAUGCAGAGCUUGUCAAUUUUAUCAACUUUUUCUCCGACCUUCCCUGCCCUUAAAUACACUUGGUCCAUCUCUGACACCUCACCCCCUCUCUCCAUCUCAGGAGAAAAACUGUCAACUGACAUCUUUUGCAACCCUGCUGAUUCUUACAGUUAACUCGACUUCACCUCUUCCCACUCUAUGUCCUGUAAAAGAUCCCUUUUCUCAGUUUCUUCACCUCCUAUUCCCAGGAUGCAGCUAUCCGUUCCAGGACAUCUGAGAACGGGAGUUUUCCGCCCUCCACUAUUGAUGCAGCCCUCACCUACUUCUCCUCCAUUUCCCAUUUAUCUGCGCUCACCCCACCUUCCUACCAUCACAAUAGUGAUAGAGUUCCUCUUGUCCUUACCUCCCCCCCCAUGAGCCCCAGUCAUCUUCCACUUCCGCCAUCUCCAAAAGGUUCCCACAGCUAAACCUCUUCCUCCAUCUGCUUUCCACAGGGAUCACUUCCUCCGCAAUUUCCUUGACCAUUCAUCCCUCCACACUAAUCUCUCUGAUCUCUUUAAUAGCACUUACCCCCUCCAAGUGACCUAAGUGCUACACCUACCCGUGCAUGUCCUCACCUCACCUCCCAGACCGUCCUUCCGGGUGAGGCAACACUUCACCUGCAAAUCUGCCGGGGCUGUCUGUCGCUCCCAGUGCUCCUGACACGGCCGUCUCUACGUUGGGAAGACCCAUGGUAAAUUGGGGGGCUGCCCCUAAACCAUCUGCCACGUGCAGGAGUUCCCUGUGACCGAGCAUUUUAAUUCCGAUAAUUCUCAUUCCGGCUUGUCGGUCCAUGGCCGCCUCCUUUGCCGAGAUGACGCCACCCUCAGGGUGGAGGAGAACCCUGGAUUGUUAUGGAUGCUCCAUCUGGAUUGCCUCCAACCUGAUGGUAUGAAUAUUGAUUUCUUCUGCUAAGCAAAUUACACCCCCCUUCCCCACUCCUCCAUUCCCCACUCUAAUUGUUCACUUCCCCCUGGGUCCCCUCUUCCUCCCCCUUCUCCCGUGGUCCUCUCUCCUCUCCUGUCAGAUUCCUCCUUCAACAGCCCUGGACCUUUCCCACCCACCAGGCUUCACCUAUCGCUUUCCAGCUAGCCUCCUCCUCCUUUCCCCCCCCCCCACAUCUUUGUUUUGGCAUCUUGCCCCUUCCUUCUCAGUCCUGAAGAAGGGUCUUGGCCGGAAACGUCGACCGUUUAUUCUUUUCCAUUGAUGCUGUCUGACCUGCUGAGUUCCUCAAGAAUUUUGUGUGUGUGUGUGUGUGUUAUAUUCAAAACAGAGGUCGAUUGGUUCUUGAUUAGUAAGGGUGUCAAACGUUGUGGGAGAAGGCAGGAGGAGGGGGUUGAGAGGGAUACAUAAAUCAGCCGUGAUGGAAUGGCAGAGCAAACUCGAUGGGCUGAAUGGCCUAAUUCUGCUCCUGUGUCUUACGGGCUUUCACACAUUGCUGGUCAGCCUGUUAAUGUGUAGUUUUUUCAUAAAUUCCACCAUAUUUCUUUAUUUUUCUGUAAAUGCCUCCGAAAGAAGAAGCAUCUCACAGAAGCACCUACACGUACUUCGAUAACAAAUUUUCUUCGACUCCCCACUGCAAUGUGGUGGAGCCUCAGCUUCUGAGAGUCUGUGUUCAGGACCUGGAUGUAGUGAUCAGCUGUAUCGCAGCAGAUACAGAGCAGUUUGAGAACACAAAACGUGAAGAGGAUAGAGACAGGUUAAGGGAGUGGGCAGGUGAUAAGGUGUGAGGCUUGGGAUGGGAAAUCAAAGCAAACAUCCUGUGUUGGAUCCUGAUGCUUUUGUGAUUCAAAGAUUCAUCGGAAGUCGAGCGCGAGGCUUUAAACCUCAGUGGCGUUGUGGUUAGUGCCCUGUUACUGCAAGCUUGGGGCGUCGGAGUUUAACUCUGGCUCCAUCGGUAAGGGGUUUGUAUGUUCUCCCCGUGAUUGUGCGCGUUCCCUCCAUGUGUUCCAGUCUCCUCCAUGUCCUCCAUUUUCCUCCCAAAGACGUAGCGGUUAGUCGGUGAGUUGGUCAUCGUAAAUUGUCCUGUGAUUAGGCUAGUGGUGGGUUGCUGGGUGGCAUACCUUGCUGGGCUGGAAGGGCCUGUUUUGUGCUGUAACUCUCAAUAAAAGUUAAUCAAUUAAUGUGUCA